AUGCGAGCAACGUCAGCCCUGAGCAAGGGCUUCAUGGGUCGCAGCGUCGAUGAGUUCAAGCGGUUGGCCUCAAUUGCUUUCACGGCGGAGGCCGUCAAGGGUCCCUUCGCACCGCUUCUGCUGCAGAGCUUCCCCGACGCACACUCCAUCACAAACUGCAAGACCAUGUCCGACGAAGAGAUCGGCGGCUUCUCCGAGUGCGCCCUCGACUGGGCGCCCUUCUCGAGCGACACCGAGCCCCGACACCCCUCGUCCGCGGCCCGACCGACAGGCUACGCCCGCUUCCACGGCACGAUAUCGACGGAGCUGCCCAAGGACAAGCCCGAGAUCCAGCGCACCGGUUUCGCGGCGUGGCGCACGCUCGACAGGCCGGCGACGGCAUUCGGUCGCAGCCUCUGGGACAUCGACAUGUACACGUACCUCGCGAUGCGCAUCCGGUCCGACGGGCGCAGCUACUUUGUCAACCUGCAGACGGAGAGCGUCGUGCCGACGGAUCUGCACCAGCACCGCCUGUUCGCCAAGCGGCCGGGCGAGUGGGAGACGGUGUUUGUCAAGUGGAACGACUUUGUGCGGACGAACCACGGCUUCGUCGUCGAGCCGCAGACGGAGAUGCUGCGGCGCAAGGUGCGCACGGUGGGCUUUGGGCUGACGGACCGCGUGCCCGGGCCGUUUGCGCUCUGCAUCGAGAGCAUGUGGGCCACGAACGACGUCGACGUGGAGGACGCGACUGUCAUCGGCGCUGGCGAGGCGCCAGAGCCGACGAGUGAGCUGAAAGACAAGCAAGGGAAGAGCAUCCGCUGGCGAGAGACUUGA